CCAGGGACCAAGGGAACUGAAGCCGCAGCUGUGCCUGCUUUUCAGAGAUCACCCCUCAAGAUGCCCUUCCAAAAUAGCUCUCCCAGGACGCAGUGUCCCAAACUCAGUCUGGUCAUAGCGGGGGUCAUGGUUCUGCUGAUCGUGGCCAUGGUGGUGAUACUAGUGGUUGUUGUGAUGAAUCCAGAAAAGAAAAGGACCACCGGCACAGGAUUAUCUCAGUGGAAAGGCAAGGGAACCACUCAAAACCUGCAAGAAAUCGUCCUGGGGAGAUGUUAUAACUAUAUCAUGACCAUGAAUCCUGAGCUCAGUGGCGGCAAGGACUGCCAUAAAAUCUGGGAACUGUUGCAGAGAGCAAUUAUGUACAAGGAUCCGUGCAGUACGAGAGAGGAAGAUUAUCAACCUUUAAUGGACUUGGCAAGUCAUUCCAUCCCAUGUAACAAGUCACUGUUUUGGAGCAAGACCAAUAACCUUGUACAUCGUUACACAAAAGCUAAUCAGGAUGUCUUGACACUCGAGGAUACCCUGCUGGGCUACAUAGCGGAUGGGAUGUCAUGGUGCGGAAGCAACAGUGAGCCAGGAAUUGACUACAACUCUUGCCCAAAAUGGAACGAAUGUGAGAGCAACCCCAGUUCAGUAUACUGGAAAAUGGCAUCCAGGAUGUUUGCAGAAGCCGCGUGUGGUACAGUCCGCAUGCUCAAUGGGUCAGUUGAAAACGGUGCGUUCAGAAAUGACAGCAUUUUUGGAAGUGUUGAAAUACUUUACUUAAAUCCAGAAAAAGUCUCCACAGUACAAGUUUGGCUUAUGCAGGACAUUGAGGGAAAUCAAAGCGAAUCUUGCACAGGGCCAUCUAUAAAAAUGCUGAAAAGCUUCCUAGAAAACCGAAAGAUCAACGUCACUUGCAAAGAGAAUUAUAGGCCAGUGCAGUUGCUUCAAUGUGCCACCAAUCCUGACCAUGACACCUGCAGACUUUGUCCCUAAAAGUGAAAAUGGGGUGCCUUACACUAUACUUUGUUCUAUGCCAAAAGUUCUAUGUCAAAAACAUGAGGAGGAAAGUUCCUGACUUUGGAGAAAGAAAACGCCCAACUAUGGAAAGAGGUUGAAGCAGAGGCGUAGCUGGGCCAAACUGUGCCUGGUGCCUGAAGAACUAUACUUCCCAGGAGACCUUGUGGGCCCCAAGGUCUCCUGGGAACUGUAGUUCCUCAGGCCGUUUUGGAGCCUGAACUGUAAAUAGGCUGCUUUUUUCAGCCUGAAAAAGUACUAGAAAAAGAAAAGGAACAUAGGUAAGUGUAGGAAGGGGGCGUGGGC